UUUUUCUAAACAUUGUAAAAUGAUGUCUUCAAAAUUUUUGGCAGAAUUAUCAAGUGAUUAUGAAAAACUUUUUGAAACAGAAUUAGGAUACGAUGUUAUCAUUUAUGCUGGAGAGGAGUCAAACAUUAAAGAAAUUCAUGCUCAUUCAAAUAUUUUGUGUAUAAGGUCUCAAUAUUUUCGUUCUGCGUUUUCUAAUGAAUGGGCUGAGAAAAAAGAUGGAAAAUUUAUUUUAAGGAAGCCGAAUAUUUCUCCCCGCCUAUUUAAUAUCAUUCUCAGAUUUAUUUAUUGUGGAAAUAUUGAAUUAAAAAAUUUACAAGGUCCUGAAGUAUUAAAACUUUUGAUAGCAGUAGAUGAACUUAAUAUUCAACAACUGAUUUCUUAUAUUCAAGAAUAUUUAAUUGAACAUCAAACCGAAUUUUUGCAUCAAAAUCAAACUGGUAUUCUUGAAACUAUUUAUCAACAUGAAACAUUUACGGAUUUAUGGAAUUUUUGUCUUGAAAAAAUUUGUGAAGAACCUGAAAUUUUAUUUAAUUCAGAUAAAUUUAUUAAUUUAAAGGCUCCAUUAUUGGAGUUAUUGAUUAAACGAGAUGAUUUAAAUAUGGAAGAAAUUGAGAUUUGGGAAGGUUUAUUAAAAUGGUGUUUUGCUCAACAAAAUAUGAUAAAUGAUCCAACCAAAUGGAGUAAAGAUGAUGCUAUAAAAAUUGAGAGAUCAUUACACAGAUUCAUUCCUUUAAUUAGAUUUUAUGAUAUUAAGCCUACAGAUUUCUUUUAUAAAGUCUAUUGUUAUAAAGAAAUUUUACCCCAAGAUUUAAUUCAUAAUCUUUUAGAAUUCCAUAUAGUUCCUAAUGCGGAAAUUAAAACUAAUGUAGCACCUUCAAGAAAGUCAAACUUGAAAUUUAAACUUGAUUCAACUUUGAUCGAAUCAAAUCAUAUUCCAUUAUUUGCUUCAUGGAUUGAUAGAAAAGAUCCUUCUUAUAAAAAAAAUGAUAUUCCUUAUGAAUUGAAGUUAUUAUAUCGUUCAAGUAGAGAUGGAUUUGAUGCCGCAUCAUUUCAUAGAAAUUGUGACAAUAAAGGAGCUACUAUUUGGAUAGCAAAAAUUCAAGGUACAACACAAUUAAUUGGAGGAUAUAAUCCGCUUGAUUGGGGUGGAAAUUGUGGUUGGAAAAACACUACAGAUAGUUUUCUGUUUAAUAUUACAGAUGGAAAAAAUAUUUCUACUGCAAAACUUAGUUAUGUUAACAAUAACAAUGCAAGAUGUGCUAUUUAUUGCCAAGAUGCUCAAGGACCACACAUGGGUAAUUUGUAUUGUACCGGUACCAAUAGUUGGAUUGUUUAUAAACAUUCUUAUGUUAAUUUGACUUAUCCUAAAAUAGACAUUCCAGAAAGGUUUAUGGUAGAGAAUUAUGAAGUAUUUCAAGUAAUUAAAAAAUAAUUCUCCAUCUUUUUGUUAAAUCUUUACAAAUAAAAUUCAAUCACAUAUAUCAGAA